AUGCCGCACCUCUGGACUGAGCGUUACCAGCCCGGCUCGGAGGCGGAGCUCGUGGUCACCAAGAGGAAGGUGGAGCUGGUCCGCGAGUUCCUCGUCUCCGGCGCCCAGAGGGGUCAGCUCGAAGCCCGCCAGGCACCGGGAAGGCGGCGGUGCUCCGGGGCCUGUGCUGCGACCUGGGGCUCGAGCUCGUGGAGUGGGGCCCGGCGUCGAGGGGCGCGACGGCGCAGGCCGCGCGGCGCCACGCCGCCGAGGGCGACGGCCAGGAGUCCAGUUGGGCAGUCAUGUUCCUGCGCUUCGUCGCCCAGAACCGAUCGGUACCGCGGUCUGGCCGCGGGGGGCGCGGCGGCGCCCGCCAGGCGGCCCCGCGUCACGCUGGUCCGGGACUUCCCCCACACGCUCCUGAGCGCGCGGGGGAGCGGCCCAAGCGGCUCCGGGGACUUCCUGGGCCGCUUCCACUCGGCGGUGCAGGGCGGCUCGCUGCAGCGCGCCGUGUUCUGCUUCAACGACUCGUACGAGGAGGACCGCACGAUCCGCCAGCUGCUCGGGAGGGCACCGUCGGAGGCGCACACGAUGAUUUACUUCGACACGGUGGCGAAGACGUUCGUGCAGAAGGCCUUGGACGCUGUGUCGAGAGCAGAGGGCCAUGACCCCAAGUCCCUGGACACUGCAGCGCUCGCGCUGGAGUGCGGCGGGGACCUGCGGCACGCGAUCAACGCCCUGCAGCUGGCCGCAGGCAGCCGCCCGCCGAGCGGGGCGCCGCCGCGCGCGGCUGGGCGCGGCCGCGCGCGGGGGCGCGGCAGAGGCAGGGACCUCGACAGGCAGCCCUCGGCGGUCUCCGAGGGCGCGGCCGCCGACAGCGGCGGCGUCGGGGCCGCCCGCCUGGAGCCCCCGGACAGGGGCCUCAGGCGGGCCUCCCUGGGCCUCUUCCACGCCCUCGGCCGCCUGCUCUACUGCAAGCGGCUGCCCCCUCCGGGCGGGCUCACGGCGCUGAGCCAGGACGGCGGCAGCGGUCCCGGCCGGCCCCCGGCAAAGAGGAGGCGAGGCGCCAGUGCGGGCCCCGCGGGCUGCGAGGCCGAGGCGGGGCCCGCGCCUGCGAGGCCGGAGCAGCUGCCGCACCACCUACUGGUGCCCAAGUCCACGCGGCCGCCGCUCUACUUCGUGCCAGAGGACGUGGUUGCCGCCUCGAACUGCGAGCCGAGCACGCUGGUGGAUUGGCUCUUCACCAACGCCCCGCGCUUCUGCGGCGACGUCGGUGACCUGGCCCUGUACGCCUCGUCGCUGGCCGAGACGGACGCCUGGAGCAGAGGCGCUGGCAGCCCGUGGCUGGGCGGCACCGGUGAGACCGACUCGUUCGCCGACUCGCUCAGGAUCAGCGUGCAGGUCAGGUCCCUCCUGGACGCGAACCUGCACCCCGUCCCGCCGACCUUCGCGGAUCCGUGCGGCGGGGAGGCAGUCAGCGCGCAGGCGGCCUCGUUCAACAUGGCGAGGCCGCUGCUGCGGGACGCCCUGCGGCACAGGCAGCGGCGCGCCGAGGAGCUCGCGGGGCACCUGGGCGCCGACCCGGCCACGCUGGGCGCGAGAGGUCCAGCCGCCAGCAUCCGCAUGCUGCCCUACGUGCACCAGAUGCUGGCCAGCACGAAGGGGCGCCACCCGGCGCUGCGGCAGCUCCCCCACCCGCUGAUGCGGCUGAUCAAGGAGCUCAGCAGCCCCAUCGACAGCGAGCUGCUGCGGACGGGUAUGAGGGAGCGGGAGAGCGGCGGCCCGCCCGAGGGCUCGGGCCGGGCCGCCGUUGGCGCGGAGGCGCCAGCUCCGUGGGCGGUGGCGCUGGAGGACGAUCCCAUCGAGGACAGCUGA